GUGACAAUCACUCGCUGAUUCUUCUCAACUAACCAUAAAGACAUUGGUACCCUCUACUUAGUAUUUGGUGCUUGAGCCGGAAUAGUUGGUACAGCCCUUAGCUUGCUAAUUCGGGCUGAGCUAGCCCAACCCGGAGCCCUUCUAGGGGAUGACCAGAUUUACAAUGUUAUUGUUACUGCUCAUGCCUUCAUUAUAAUUUUCUUUAUAGUAAUACCAAUCAUAAUCGGAGGCUUUGGUAACUGACUUGUGCCACUAAUAAUUGGGGCACCAGAUAUAGCAUUCCCACGAAUAAAUAAUAUAAGCUUCUGACUACUUCCCCCCUCUUUCCUACUGCUAUUAGCUUCUUCCGGAGUUGAAGCCGGGGCAGGUACAGGAUGAACUGUUUAUCCUCCUCUUGCUGGAAAUCUUGCACAUGCCGGGGCUUCUGUAGACUUAACCAUUUUUUCUCUACACCUCGCAGGUGUCUCCUCUAUUUUAGGAGCCAUUAAUUUUAUUACAACCAUUAUUAACAUGAAACCCCCUGCCAUCUCCCAAUACCAAACCCCUCUAUUUGUUUGAGCUGUUCUAAUUACAGCCGUACUUCUACUAUUGUCCCUACCUGUUCUGGCUGCUGGCAUUACAAUACUCCUAACAGACCGAAACCUUAAUACAACAUUCUUUGAUCCCGCCGGAGGGGGAGACCCCAUUCUUUAUCAACAUUUAUUUUGAUUCUUUGGCCACCCAGAAGUAUACAUUUUAAUUCUUCCAGGCUUUGGAAUAAUUUCUCACAUCGUAGCCUACUACUCCGGGAAAAAAGAACCCUUUGGAUAUAUAGGAAUAGUUUGAGCUAUAAUAGCCAUUGGUUUACUAGGCUUCAUCGUAUGAGCCCAUCACAUAUUUACAGUAGGAAUGGAUGUAGACACUCGAGCAUACUUUACAUCCGCAACAAUAAUUAUCGCAAUCCCAACAGGUGUAAAAGUAUUCAGCUGACUUGCUACCCUACAUGGAGGAUCCAUUAAAUGAGAAACUCCUAUACUAUGGGCCCUUGGAUUUAUCUUCCUAUUUACUGUAGGAGGGCUUACAGGAAUCGUAUUAGCCAACUCAUCCUUAGACAUUGUACUUCAUGAUACAUACUAUGUAGUAGCCCACUUUCAUUAUGUCCUAUCAAUAGGAGCCGUAUUUGCCAUUAUAGGAGCUUUCGUACAUUGAUUCCCUCUAUUCACAGGUUACACAAUACAUGACACCUGAACAAAAAUUCACUUCGGAACAAUAUUUGUAGGAGUUAAUCUCACCUUCUUCCCCCAGCAUUUCCUAGGCUUAGCCGGAAUGCCACGACGAUACUCAGAUUACCCAGACGCCUACUCACUAUGAAAUAUUAUUUCAUCUAUUGGCUCUAUAAUCUCUCUAGUAGCAGUUGUAAUGUUCCUUUAUAUUUUAUGGGAAGCCUUUACUGCUAAACGAGAAGUAAUGUCUGUCGAAUUAACCUCUACAAACGUAGAAUGAUUACAUGGAUGUCCUCCCCCCUAUCACACAUUCGAAGAACCAGCAUUCGUACAAGUACGAACAAAUUAA